AUGCAAGCUAAGCCCGCUCUAGGAGUGUACUGCUCUCCAGCACAAAGGAACUGGUUCGAUACAACCCGGUCAACAGUUGUGUACUGCUCCCAGCACAGAGGGAACCUGGUGUCGGUUCACAGCCCGGGUCAACAGGUGUUUGUCCAGGAUCUGGUGAGGAGACACACAGACCAGCCGGUCUGGAUAGGAGGCUACGACGCAGCUCAGGAGGGGAUGUGGCUGUGGAGUGACGGCUCAGCUGUUGAUGGUUUUUACUGGGAGGAGGAGGAGCCCAGUAACUCUGGACAGGGGGAGAACUGUAUGGAGCUACACACUGGAGGUGGUCGGGGCUGGAAUGACGUGUCRUGUGGAGAGCUGAGGUUCUAUGUGUGUUCUAUGGAGACCAGAUCUGGUUUAGCAGUAAUGCCAAGUCAGAAGCAAACACACGAGAGAGAGCUGGUUGAAGAAGUGAGUUUUAUGACGUCCUGUGGAGACAGUGAGAAAGUAGCAGAUGAGACCUCGACUCAGUCUUCUCAGAGGGAUGUGCUGAUCAGAAAGUCCAGGGUCCUCCAGACAUCAUGCUGUUUCUCCAGAGAACACAUCACGUACCAGGAGUCCUCUGAAGAAAGGCUCAGAGCCAAACUCACCACACUG